AUGGCCAGCCUGACCACCAUGGAGAAGUUGAUCCUCUUCCACAAGCUGGAGAGCGACCUGUUCCAUCGUCUAGUGCACGACCUCGCCCAGGACCCGGUGCCCAUGCGAUGGGUGAUCGCGUUCUGGCUCUGGCUCGAGUCCAACGGCCACCACGACUUCAUCCGCCGCGUCUCCGCGCUGCCAGGACCUGUUGUGCUGCGGUUCGUCGACGAGGCUAUCGCGUGCCUUCGCUGCCUCGCCCGCCAGGGCCACGGGCCUGCGGCCGGCACCGGCGACGGCGGCGACGGCCGCGAGAGGUGCCUACCCUGCACAAACGUGCUCUUGACCAAGCGCAUAGACGACGUGGGCUACUUCGAAGGGCACCGCGAGGUCUUGGAUGGCGUCACCUACCAGUACAGGAGCGUAUGCCUCACCGUUUGUGAUGUCAGCAGCAAAAGUGUCCCCACUAACACAAGCGGUGUGCUUGCUGCACCGCCGAUGGUUGGCUCCUCCGUGCUGACCGCCCCGACGGUGGCAUCCUUUCCACUAAACCCGAUGGCAUCGCCGUGGAUCCCUUUGCAGAGCCCCCCGGCAGACGAUUACCGCUCCCUAUUUAUCACCUUCUCCAGAGGCUACCCCAUUAACAGGGAGGACAUCAUGGAGUUCUUCAACUCGUAA